AUGGCUGCCACCGUGUCUGUCGAAAGUGCUGCCGAUGAUCAGAAGGAAACCACCGCACAAGAACCUGCGACGUUCAAGUCUUUGGGACUUGUUGAUGUAUUAUGUGAAACAUGUGAGCAGUUGAAAUGGAAAGAACCUACAAAAAUACAGAGAGAAUCCAUUCCCCUGGCGUUGGAAGGGAAAGAUGUAAUAGGUCUAGCAGAAACAGGAUCUGGGAAGACUGGAGCCUUUGCUCUGCCGAUAUUACAAGAUUUAUUAGAACACCCACAAAGGCUAUUUGCAUUGAUAUUAACGCCCACAAGAGAAUUGGCAUUCCAGAUAUCAGAACAGUUUGAAGCCCUUGGAUCAGCAAUUGGAAUCAAAUGUGCUGUGGUUGUAGGUGGUAUUGAUAUGAUGUCACAGGCUUUACAGCUGGCAAAGAAACCACAUGUUGUCGUAGCAACACCGGGACGAUUAGUGGAUCAUUUAGAAAAUACAAAGGGAUUUAACCUCAGAUCUGUUAAAUAUUUGGUGAUGGAUGAAGCUGACAGGAUUUUAAACAUGGAUUUUGAGAUUGAAUUGGAUAAGAUUUUAAAAGUGAUUCCAAGAGAAAGAAGGACUUAUCUAUACUCGGCAACCAUGACUAAAAAGGUUGCUAAGUUACAGAGAGCAUCAUUAAAAAACCCAGUGAAAGUAGAAGUCAAUACUAAAUAUCAAACAGUAGAAAAGUUACUGCAGUAUUAUCUUUUUAUUCCAAGUAAAUACAAGGAUGUGUAUUUGGUUUAUAUAUUGAAUGAGUUAGCUGGUAAUAGUUUCAUGGUGUUCUGUAGUACUUGUAAUAACACACAGCGUGUUGCUUUGAUGUUACGUAAUCUUGGAUUGACGGCUGUACCCCUACAUGGUCAAAUGAGCCAGAACAAAAGACUUGGAAUGUUGAAUAAGUUCAAAGGCAAGGACAGGUCAAUUCUCAUAGCAACUGAUGUUGCCAGCAGAGGUCUGGAUAUUCCACAUGUUGACAUAGUAAUCAAUUUUGACAUACCAACACAUUCAAAGGACUACAUACAUAGAGUUGGAAGAACUGCUAGGGCAGGAAAAUCAGGAAAAGCCAUCACUUUUGUUACACAAUAUGAUGUUGAGUUGUAUCAAAGAAUAGAACAAUUGAUCAGUAAACAAUUGCCAUUGUACCCAUCAGAAGAAGAAGAUGUUAUGAUGUUGGUAGAACGAGUGACAGAAGCACAGAGAUAUGCCAGAAUGGAAAUGACGGACAACGAUGACAAGAAAAGGAAAGGCAGGAGAGGGGAUUUUGAUGAUUCUGAAGAGUCAACUGGAAUCAGGAAAAAAUUUAAAAUGAAAAAGAAAUAAAUUAACACUUCAACUAUUAGAUUUUUUUUUAUAUAAUUUGUGAAAAUCUAUUAAAAAUGGUGGCACAGCUAUCCCAAUUU